AUGGUAGCCGUCAUUGGAACAGUACUUCACUGGUCUGAUAUAUUAGUUUUAUUACUCUAUUUCUUACUUAUUCUCGGUUUUGGUGUUUGGAGUUCAUGCAAGAAUCGUGGCAGUGUUGGUGGAUAUUUUCUUGCUGGUCGUUCGAUGCAUUUUAUACCGGUGGGCGCUUCCUUGUUUGCAUCGAACAUCGGCAGUGGUCAUUUCAUUGGUCUAAGUGGUUCGGGCGCUUCGAGUGGUAUAGGUGUUGCUGGUUUUGAAAUAGGCGCGGUCUAUAUGCUCAUGAUACUUGGUUGGCUAUUUGUGCCAGUUUAUAUGAAAGCUGAGGUCUAUACAAUGCCGCAAUAUUUAAAAUUGCGUUUUGGAGGUGAACGCAUACGAAUUUACUUAACAUGUCUUGCCUUAAUGUUGUCGAUAUUUACGAAAAUAUCAGUUGAUCUUUAUUCAGGUGCUGUUUUUCUACAACAAGCACUCAAUUGGAAUCUCUAUGCAUCAGUGAUAGCUCUUAUUCUUUUAGCUGCUUUUUUUACUGUCGGAGGUGGUUUAACAGCUGUCAUAUGGACAGAUUUUAUUCAAACAGUAAUUAUGAUCAUUUCAGCUGUUAUUCUUAUGAUUAUCAGUUUUGCAAGAGUCGGUGGUAUUGAAAAAAUACGUAGUCUUUUUCCAUAUGCUAUUGCUAAUACAACAUUACUUAGUACGACUGAAUGUGGUAUUCCGAAUGAAAAUUAUUUUUCGUUAAUUCGCCCAUUUGAUGCUGAUUUACCUUGGUUUGGUAUCAUACUUGGCGGUGCCAUUGUUUCUGUAUGGUAUUGGAGUUGUGAUCAAGUUAUUGUUCAACGAACAUUGGCAGCAAAAAACCUCUCGCAUGCAAGAGCCGGCUGUCUAGUUGCAGGUCUAUUAAAAUUUUUACCAUUGUUUCUUAUGGUUUUUCCUGGUAUGGUGGCACGAAUACUCUUUCCGGACGAAAUUGGAUGUACCGAUCCGAAUACAUGCUAUCAAGUUUGUCAUAGUAGAAACGGUUGUAAUGAUAUAGCCUAUCCACUUUUGGUCAUUCGAUUGAUGCCGAAUGCAAUUCGCGGUUUGACAUUAGCCUGUAUGAUUGCUGCUUUAAUGUCAUCGUUAACAUCAAUAUUUAAUUCAAGUUCGACUAUUUUUACCAUUGAUAUUUGGCAACGUUUUCGUAAGAAUGCGCAUGACUGGGAAUUAAUGAUUGUCGGCCGAGUAUUUGUAAUGAUUCUUGUGGCUGUUUCAAUUCUUUGGAUUCCAAUUAUUCGAGCAGCACAAGGCUCGAGAUUAUUUGAUUAUAUUCAAGCUGUUCAAUCGUUUCUUGCUCCUCCGGUUGCUGCUUGCUACUUACUUGGCAUACUAUGGAAACGUAUCAAUGAAGAAGGAGCUUUCUGGGGCCUUAUAUCUGGUUUAUUUGUGGGUAUGGUUCGUUUUAUAUGGGAAUAUUCUUAUACAGCAAUGCCUUGUGAGCUUGAACAUUUGGAUAAACGUCCAUCAAUAGUACGAUUUAAUUUCUUAUAUUUUUCUAUUUUACUUUUCGUAAUAUCUGGCAUUGUUACAAUUGUUGUCAGUCUACUUACAAAGCCUAUUCCAGAUAAAUAUAUAGCAGGUUUAACUAUAUUCGAUCUUGAUAAUCUUGAUAAACCAGUUCCGAUUCCAACUCGAUCUGGCUGUAUGUAUAAAGCAAAUACAUAUUACGAUGAAGAACAACCCUGUUCAUUUGAAAAUCCGUAUCAAGAUCAGCCCGAAGCGCCUCCAACUGAUGCAGAAAAGAAAGCGCUACACUUUUUUGAUACGAAAUAUUCCACUGGAAUAUCAUUCUAUGUAAAAACUGGCUUUGCUUGGAUUUGUGGCUUAGAAAAAAAUGAUGAACUCGAUGGACAAUCAAUACAUUCGAAUAGCGCUGCAAAUGAUAACACAAGUAGUAGAAGAAGUAUAUGUGUUCUUCGUGAACCCAAUAUUUCAUCUUGGCAUAAAUAUUGUUCUUAUGGUGCUGUUGUAAUUCUAUCGUUCUGUGUUUUUAUAUGGGCAUUCUUUACUGAUUACAGAAUCCGAUUAAAUUGA